AUGUUGAUGAGCUCAGCGGGAUUUAUUCUGUUCUUGCUCUCUCACUGCACUGUGUCAGUGAGCACCACAGAGGUAGCAGUCUUGGCUAAUGCCCACCUUCUCCCCCAAAGAGGCUAUGAGAGACUGGGUAACACCAAUGAAAAAGACUAUCCAAGGGAUUGUUUUGAGAUAUUUCAGCGCUCCAAAGGAAAUUCCAGGGAUGGUCUUUACAUCAUCCAACCAAAGGAGGACCCAAUUGUUGUCUCUUGUAACAUGCAGGAUGGUGGCUGGACAGUAAUCCAGCACAUUACUGCCAAUAGUACUGUUGACUUUGAUAGGACCUGGCAGGAUUACAAAUACGGAUUUGGCUCCGUUCAUGACAACCACUGGUUAGGAAAUGAAUAUAUGCACCAGUUAACUAGCAGCUCCGUGAAAUAUAUGCUUGGAGUUAAACUUGUAAACCUAAACGCUGAAAUCAAAUGGGGACAGUACGAACCAUUCCUUAUUGAAGAUGAAGAGUCUCAAUACCGAAUCAGGGUUGGUCUAUACAAAGGCAACGCCACUGAUGCUCUGACCUUGGACACGGAAGCUUAUCUCCAUGACAACCAGAAGUUCACCACCAAGGACAGAGACAACGACAAUUACUUUCAGAAUUGUGCUAAAUUGGAACUCAGUGGAACUCCUGGAGGAGGCUGGUGGUAUGAUGCGUGUGCUGGAGCAAAUCUAAACCGUAGGAACGUGAUAUACUGGCAAAAGGACUGCAACAGGCAACGUCUGUGCAAGUUUGCAUGGAUGAUGAUCAAACCCAUUGACCACAGUGUAUCAUAUCCAACCAAGUCCUGUCCAUGUCAGAAAGUUGAACUCUAGAUAAGCCACGUUACUUUGAAGGGAACAUGGAUUCUUUGUCUAGUGACUGAAGUGAACUCACACUGACUGAAUAACUGCACUAAGUAAUCAUGACUGAAAAUUUAAUUUGGGCCUCUGCAAGAGCUUUAUGAUAGCAUAUUGUCCAGGACUGGACCGGGACAUAGACAUCUACCAACCACACAAGUGAGAAGUCACUGUCAGAAACUAAGGCCUCUAC